AAAGUGUCCCCAUAAUGUUGGAGCCUCUGUAAUUUUUUUCCAAUUUUCGACGUGGUUGGGUCGUUGGAGCGCUUGCAAGCCGAUGAAAGCUCUCCUCGUCGCGUAGGUGUGUGCUUAUAUACAUAGGUGCCUCGUGUCGUGUCCCUAACAUUCGCUACGCCGGUUGCAUUAACGUUUUUUGGUGCGUUGCGCCGCGUACUUGUGCUGACCGCCUGAUUGUUUUGACUGUGUGUUUAUCCUCCCACACACGCGGACGGACACAUACACACACACACACAUGCGUAAUGUGAAAUCAUAAUAAAGUGUAACAUACCGUUAUAGUUAUUACAUGUGUGCGUGGGCAAUAAUUAAUAUUUGUGUGGAAUCGAAAAGCCGGAUUGUGUUUUGGUGCCUGGAAAAGCCUUUGCAAUGGCAGGAUCUUUGUAAAAUGGAAACAUUUGCAGGCGGCCUUUGGAUGAAUGAACAGAAGCAACACAGAAUCGGCGGCAGCUAGAACGAAACACCCACAGACAGACAGACAGAGAGAGAGAGAGAGCGAGCGAGAGAGAGAACAAACGUAGUAAGCAAAAAGCCAGCCAGCCAGCCAGCCACCAACACAACAAAGAGAACAGAAGUAAUUUGCAACGGCUCUUAGUGGAGCAGCCUCGACAGAAGAAGACCCAGCCCCAGUUGUAGCCCCCCCGGUGCAGUUGCAGUUCCUGCCACAGACGCAGACACCAAACCACACACACCCACACACACACAGCCCCACAGUCAUGGUGAUAAGCAAACCCGAAUCGGUGGGCGCGCAAUCCAAUGGAGCGGCAACUGGAGCUACUACGGCUGCGGCUGCCCCAGACCUGGAUGCACACGGCAAUAGUCUGGCACAUCCGUCGGGAAUACCACAGGAUCAAAUAGACAAUAUAUUGAGCGGCAUUGCCAAUACGGGCGAUGUACGGAUGAACAAUCACCGCAAAAAGCUGCGACAAAGAUUUGAUAUUAUUAAGAAACUAGGCCAGGGCACAUACGGCAAGGUGCAGUUAGGUAUUAAUAAGGAAACCGGCCAGGAGGUGGCCAUCAAAACCAUCAAGAAAUGCAAAAUCGAGGCCGAGGCCGAUCUGGUGCGCAUCAGGCGUGAGGUGCAGAUCAUGAGUUCCGUGCAGCAUCCCAACAUUAUACACAUCUAUGAAGUAUUUGAGAAUCGAGAGAAAAUGGUGCUGGUCAUGGAGUUUGCCGCUGGCGGCGAACUCUACGACUAUCUGUCCGAGCGAAAGGUGCUGAACGAGGAGGAGGCGCGACGCAUCUUCCGGCAGGUGGCCACCGCCGUCUACUACUGUCACAAGCACAAGAUCUGCCAUCGGGAUCUGAAGCUGGAGAACAUACUGCUGGACGAGAAGGGGAAUGCCAAGAUUGCUGACUUUGGUCUGUCGAAUGUGUUCGAUGCUGGCCGCUUGCUGGGCACCUUCUGCGGCUCCCCGUUGUAUGCAUCGCCCGAAAUUGUCGAGGGCACACCCUACCAGGGACCGGAGGUGGACUGCUGGUCGCUGGGGGUGCUGCUCUACACUCUAGUCUACGGCUCCAUGCCCUUCGAUGGCUCCAACUUCAAAAGACUCGUCAAGCAGAUCAGCCAGGGCGACUACUAUGAGCCGCGGAAGCCGUCGCGCGCCUCCACCCUCAUCCGGGACAUGCUGACGGUGUGCCCCAGGAAGCGGGCCAGCAUCGAGCAGAUCUGUGCGCAUUGGUGGGUCAACGAGAACGACAAUGUCUCCUGCCUGGACCUGGCCGAGGAUCUGGCCAACCAAACGCCCGUGCGUCUGGAUGUGCUCCUCUCCCUUACCCCGGCGGCCAUAACGGCCGACCAACUGGUGGUGCCAUCCGCCGAGGGGGCGGCCGCAGCGGCCAAGGCGGCGGCAAACGAGCGUGUGCCCCGCUCCCAUUCGGUGGGCUCCAUACGUGACAUGAUCCCACCCAACACGGAGGCAGAGCGCCGCAUCCUGGACAUGGUUGCUGCCGGCGGAGAGGCUGCCCUGAUGCCAUCGCCCACACGCACCAUCACGCCCGCCCAGAGUCCCGUGCAAACCAAACGGAAGCUGCAGCCCACCGUCUCCACAGAGAAUGCGGCAGGAACCACGGCCAAGAAGAAGGAGAAGCCGGCCAAUAAUUCGUUUGUGAUCAGCGGAGCAGCAGCACCACCACCACCACCGACUGAGCCAACGCGACCCGCACCUGCACCACCGACCCUCAUGGAAGCGGAGACUGAGGAGAAGCCGAGAAUGGAGCCAAGCUUCUCGCAGAAGGACAUGCAAAUGGUGGGCGACCUGUGCGAGCAGCUGAUGGGUGGAGACGCCUCUGGCACACCCACACCGACGCCCACGCCGGUACCUGCCACCGCUGCACCAGUGGCUGUGCCCCGGCAGCCAACGCGCGGCAAACUGGAUGCCGUGGCCGAGACGCCCGAGGAGAAAGAUGCCACCAAGGUGAUCAAAAAGUUUGUGAACAAGCACAAGACCGCCGACCUGGUCAAUGCCAUUAACGAGAGUGCCACGGCAAGUGGCAAGGUUGCACCACCAGCAGCAGCAGCAGGAGCAGCGGUAGCUCCCGCUCCUGCACCCCCAUUCGUGCGCAAAUGCAGCCUGCAGGAUGAGUCCACGCUGAACAAGUUCAAUGCCGAGCGGCGCAAGUCGCGCAUCCUGGAGACGGCGGAGAAGUUCCAGCCACCGCCACCGGUCACGACGGGACCAGUAAGCCAGGCGGCGGCGCCCGAGAAGCCCAAGAAGCUCAGCAUACCCGGCGUCAGUGUGGGCAGCUUCAAGAAGGAGUUCGAGCGGAAGGCGACCAAUCCGCCAGCCACCGCAGGACCCACGCCCGGCGAACUGCGCGCCCAAGAGCAGGUGGCCGCUGCGGCGGCUGCUGCCCAGGAGGCCGAGUCGCAGUCCCUGGCCACACCGCCGGCCUCGCCAGUGGUGGCCCAGUCCCUAGAGGCCAGCGACUCGAAGAACUCGGUGUCCUCAAUCUCGCUGGACGAGGCCCGCCGUUCGAUGGAGAACUCCAUAGCCCUGCUGCUGCAGGCCCAGAACGAGUCCAACAAGGAGGUCGACCAGCUGUGCGCCCAGACGGAGACAAUCGGCGUCAGCGAGUCCACGCCCACCAGGGAGGAGCGCGAGCGUAAGUUGAAGAAUGCGCGCGCCAUCAUCGGAAACGCCAUACAGCCGGUGAUACGCAGGCCGGCACCGUUCUGUGGCAUCGGCAAUGGCAAUGGCUUGGGCGGUGGCAGUGGUAAUCGCGGUCCGAACAGUGCACCGAUACGUGCGGAAAGUGGCAACAACUUUAUGGGCUAUCUGUCGCCCUCGCCACCGAUAUGUGGCCCACAGACAGCGCCGCCAGUGCUGAUCUCACCGAAUGCUUUGGCGGCGGCCAAGCAGACCAUACAGCAGCGCCUCUUCGGGGGUGGCCUGCCCGGCAAAUCGUCGCCCACAUCAAAGCGGCCAGCCACCUGGCAGCCACAGGCAGCCUACAGCUCGGCGAGCAUCUUCCAGCCAGCGUCUAGCAGUCCGUUCAAGAUGCUCCAGCAGAAGUACCAGCAGGAACAGCAGCGAGGAUCGACUGGGGCUGGCAGUGCCAUGUUUACGCCGCCGCCAUCGCCGCAAUAUGCCCAGCCAGCCAACAGCACCAGCAGCAGCAGCACCGUCAACAGAAGCGGCCACAGCAGUAACAGCAGCAACAGCCACAGCAGCAACAACAACAACUGCAACACGAUGCAGCCUAAUGUCAAUUACAAUGUCAAUUCGCGCACGAGACCAUUUCAUAAUCAAGCUCAAGACACACUCAAUACCAAUGCCAGUAGUACAUCUGCCAUGCCAGCGGCCAUGUGGCUGAAAUCUUCACCCGGAGCCGAUGGACAGCCGGGCACACCGGGAGCCGUCAAGACCUCCACAGCCUCAAUUACCCUCAAGUCGGCCACGCUGCCGCGCCGCAAGAUCAAUGCCAAGUCGGAGGUGCAGCUGGAGAUCAAGCCACGCAUCCCAGAGCAGGCACCCCAGCCGGCCAUGCGUUUCAGCACCGAGAUGCAGCAUCCGGUGGCCGAUCUGCGCAGUGCACCGCCGCGUGAAGGUCCCAUGCCGUACAGCCCCAUCAAGACGACGCUGCCGGGGCGUGCAACCAGCCUGGAGCCCAAGGAGCAUGUCAUCACCAUCCAACGACCGCCCACGCAGCAUGCCUACGGACGCACCAGCUCCAACACAACCACGCGUUCCGGCUCACUGUCACGUCAGUCCACGGUUGAGUCCGAGUCGGAUGCGACCACCACGGCCACGGCCACAAAUAUGUCACAGGCAACCGUAACCGGACAGGGCACCUCCCAGCCCAUCAAGAAGAGUCCACGUGAAUUUAUCAUACCGAUUGCCGUCGAGGGCGGUGGCUUCAUCACGCCCCGGGAGCGCAGCAUCGAGCCAUCCGAAUCGAGUCACACCACCGCCUCCAGUCGGUCCACGUUUAGCCGACUGCGUCCGUCGCGUCGCAUUGGCUCCCUGCUGAGCGAGGCCGGCUUCGAUGAGGGUUCGCCAUUCCAGAAGAUGCGCACCACCUCGAUAACACGUGACGGCGGCGCUGGAGCCGGAGCCGAUGAGGAGGCACGCUUCACCCCACACCGACUCAGAAGCUCAAGACCUGUCAAGAAAAUUAGUCAGGACAACGACUCGCAAAGCUCUAACGAAGAGGAUGAUGACGACGAUGAUGGCUUUGAGAUACUCACGGCGGAGAAUCUGUUCUCGACACUGCUGCAGCGGGUGCGAAACUUAACGAAUCGCCUCAACGUCAACAGCGACCUGACAGUCGGUUUCCCCAGCCAUUCGAGUCGCCUGCUCACGGACAUCUCGCGGCAGGCACAGAGCCACAGUCCAUUCUGGAGUCAGGGCGUCUCACCCUUUGCCAGCGUGCAUAGAUCUCAAGUUAGUUAUACGAGUAGCUAUAGCGAAACGGUCGAGAAGAAGCAAGUCCGCCUGAACAGUGGCAGCAACAGCGUUGGCCUGGGCGCACCCUGGCGCCACAGCAUGUCCCGGGACCUGGGCAGCGACAUGGAAUCGAUGUUCUCGCGCACUGGCGCCACGUUGCCAAGAGGUCACCACCAGGGCAAGGGCAGCGCCAGCAAGCCCAGCUCGGCGCCAGCACACGUGGAGAAGGUAGCGGUAGCCCCAACAACAACAGGAAGUGCAGCAACAGCAGCAGCAGCAGGCGGCACCUCUGAGGAACCUUUGGACCUGGCCGACCUGGAUCUCUCGCGCCUGCGGCUCAGCAAGAAGGAUCUCGAAACCCUGUCCAGCAUUACGCCUGGGCUGCCCAAGUGCUUUCAGGAGCAGCUGCUAGCCAAGCUGCCGCCCACCCAAGCCCGCAAACUGUCCCGCACACUGAGCGUGCAGACCAGUGCCCCCAGCAGCGCCGUCACCCCGAAGCUCUACAAGCGCAGCCAGAGCGGUGGCCGCGGCUACUUGCCAGAUCAGCCGGAGGAGGAGGACUUCAAGCCCAAGCCCCUCACCGAUGCACCAAAGACAACGGCGGCCAGUACGGCCAUCUAUCGACGCAGCCUGAGCCGCAGCCAGGCUCUGACCCAGACACAGACCAGCCAGGAGGGAACAACUGGCGCUGGAGCUGGAGCACAGCCAGCGACGUUGUCGACUACGACCAGCAAGAGUCGCAGCAGCAGCGUGUGUCGGGAUGACUACGGCAAGUCCUCGCUCUGCAGCAGCAGCUACACCAGCGACAUCAGCGACAAGUACAAGUACUACUCGCCCUACUUGAGCAAGUCCAGCAAUGGAGCGACCUCGACAACGGCGACGACGAAGGAGGUGCCGGAAAAGCGUUAUAGCGCUGGCCUGGGGCGUCCGCCCAGUGGCUGCCUGUCACCACCGCCGAACGGUGCACUGCCGCCGAGUGUGGCAGCAGCGGCCGAGGGCAGCAGUUCGCUGCGCGGACGCUCCUCGCAGCGUCGAAUCUCACGCUUUCUGCGGCCCGACUUCUUCGACGAUCCGCGCGACCGCGAGACCCAGAACAUGCUGCGGGAGAUACGCGAGAAGUCCAGCGAACGCACGGAGCAGGCGGAUCAGCGGCGACGCAAGCACAGUCUGCCCAACGUGGAGCAGGCUGAUCAGCUGCCCGCACUGGAGCCGGGGCCAGUCAGGUCAUCGAUGCGUCACACGCGCAACAAGAGCGUGGAACUGCUCCCAGAUGCCCAACAGGCAGGGCAGACGGCACAGGAUGCCUCCGGCAAGCGCUCGGGACUCCGUCAACGCAGUGUGUCCAGGCCACGCGAACUGGAAACCGAUCUGGACAAGCAUGAGCUGGCAGACAAGAUACUUCAGGAGCUGCAGCUGCUCUCCGCCGUGCGCACCCAGCACGAGCAGGGACAGAUGCCCGAUGGGCAGACGGACAAGACAGAGGAGACCUCCACCAUCCGUAAGGUGAAGAAGGUGAAGCCCAAGGAAACCGCCAACUCCAAUGAUGCGGAAGCCACCAAACUCUCGACGACAACAACAACGACUACGACGACGCUGGUGCGCAAGGUGAAGAAGGUGUCCAGGAAGACAGACGAGCUUAAGACGCCCGGCACGGAGACAGCAGCCACAGAGAUACCCGUGCCUGGCUGCACGCCCAAGGAGACCAGGCUGAAGCGUCCCAAGUCCUACCCCAUGAAGGACCUUGGUCUGAGCCUCAAGUCGCCAACGGAGCUGCCCGAACCCUCCGCCUCUGCCUCGGCCCUGCCCAGCAAACUGCCCAGCAAGCUGCCGUCUGCGGUGGGCAACAACGAAUCACAGGCUGGAGAGAGUGCGCCCCGCGAGAGUCGCCUGAUGCGUCCCAAGAGCUAUCCGGCCACCAAGCUGGCCACGCCCAAGGAACUGCGAAAGGUGACGCGCAGUGGCGUGGCCAUUCCCAGCAUUGCGGAGGCGACGCCAGAUACCGCGGCAGCUGCCUCUGCCACUGGCACGCCCGUCAGCUCCAAGUCCACGUCGGAAGAGAAAUCCCUUUCGGCCACGCCCACCGGCACCAUGAGUAACGUGAUCGACACGGCCUCCUCCUCAAGCGACUCGCGACCCACGACCAUCAAGAAGAUCGUCAAAGUGUCCAAGAAAUCCAAGCUGGUGCCACCAACGCCAGUGACGCCAGCCACGUCGCCCUCAGCCGCAACAACCACGAACACCACGGCCACAACCACACCCGCAGACAGCUCCAAGGAGUCGAGUCCGGUGAUCAAGUCGAAGGAGAAGUCGCCGGAGAAGAAGCCCAGCAAGGGCCUACUCUACGCCCUGGGCCAGAAGUUCGAAAAGCUGCGAGACUCGGCCAUGAGCAAGGACAAGAAGACGGCCACAGCCGGUGGGGCCACAGCAACAGCCACAGCCUUGGCCUGCACCCAGAAGCAGGGCUCGCCCGAGGAGCGCAGCUCACCCGAGAAGGUGACGCUGAUGCGCAAGAAGAAAUCUCUGGAGCCAGAGAAAUCCAUCGAGCUGCCGGCCGAGGACAAGCGAGUGGACAAACGGUCGCGCUUCGACAGCAUGCUGCGCUCGCUCCGGGAGCGUUCUGUGCCGCGCCGCUCCCAGUCCAGCUCCAGGGCGAGUCCCAAGCGAGCGGCUAGCGUGGAAGAGCUGCACGCAGGGGACACGGAAGCGGGCAGUGGCAAGCAGAGUGGCGCUGUCAACAAGAUGUUCGGCGGACUGCUCCGCCGCUUCGAUCGGGAGAGCAGCGAACAGCGGCGUGUGCGGAACACUCGAUCCACCAGCAACAUUGAGCGACAGGUGCGCGAGGAGCAGGAUGCCCUGCUGCCGACAUCGCCCAUCUACCAGAAUGUGGUGAAGGCCAAGCCAACCGCUCCGCCGGCCAGCGAGGAGAACUGCAACUGCGAGACGGCCUGUCCGGACUGCAGACAGAACCAGGGACAGGCCAUGAAGCCCAACAGCAGCAGCAACAGCAGCAGCCACGCCACACCGAGCAUCAAGGAGAAGCGCAAAGGUCUGAUGUUGGAUCUGGCCGGUGCCCAGGGGGCCAGUGGGGCCAGUGGGGCGAGUGCCGUGACUACAGCCACAACCACCACAAGUGGCAGCAGCUAUCGGGGAAGCAAGACCAAUCCGGCGCUGAUCAAUGGCAACGGGGGGAUGGGACUGUACUCGAAUCUGCCACCGUAUCCGGGUGCCGUGAAGAGCGCCUCCUCGAACAACAGCUCCAGCCAGCAGUCCGUGGAGAAUGUCACCAACAACAACUCCACGAACACCAACAACAACUGCAGCUCGCAGACGUCGGGCUACCGCACCUCGUCGGCGCACGAGAUCAACCGGAACAAUCCGCUGCUGACGCCCUCCUUCGAGAACAUUGCCAACUACUCAUCGGACUCGCGCAGCUACCAGGAUGACUGCGCCUCCACCUCCACGUUCCUGUCGCCCACCGAGGAGCCGGAGCUGUACUUUGACAACUGGUCGAUCUGCUCCGAGGACAACUACAUGCUGCACGCGACGCCCUCGCCCACAGUGUCGCGCCUGUCGCGUGCCUCGCUCUCCUCGCCCACGCGCUGCUCGGAGAGCUCCGAUCCCAACGAGAGCGUCAUCGAUCGCAUCAAGCGGCGCAGCUUCUACAGCCGCUUCAACGAGCAGAAGAAGCCGCGUCGCACCAGCAGCAUUGUGGGUCCCUCGGCGGUGCGUGACUACUACAGGGAGCAGCAGGCGGCGGUCAAGGCUCGCUCCAGCCACAAGUUGCAUGUGGCGGAGGUGGAGCCGCGUGCCCACUCCCCGGACAUUGCCCAGCAGUUCUUCAGGCCACUAAAGCUGAGUCCCGUGGGCACGGAACUGAAGCCGCCCAUGUACCGCUCGCCGCUGGACUACUCCACCUCCUCGUCGGGCGGGGGGGCCACGAGCAAGCCGCGCAAGAGCCUCAACGACAUACGCAACACCUCGCCGUCGUUCCUCAGCAAGCGGUACGAGGUGCACGACUACAGCUCGGUGCCCAUGCGGUACAAGAGCUCCUCCAGUUCGAGUCCAAGCAACGGUGCCAUCGCCAGUGGCUACUACAAUACCUACAAUCCCAAGCGGCGCUCCUCCUACACGCUGAACGGCAGCCUGCCAACGGCCAGCAGCAGCAGUGCCGCCGGCAGCAGCCAUCUGGAUGGCUAUGCCACCCUGGGGCGACGUUCCAUUCGGCCGUACGAUCAUCGGACGAUGUCGCUGCUCGAGCCACCAACAACCAGCAGCAGCAGUGCUGCUGGCAGCAGCGCCUAUCAGAGAAGAGAAGCACGCACUCCUGUGCGGGACUAUACCUCCAGCAUUUCACGGUCCGGAUCUCGUUACCGCACUUCUUCGGCGACGCGCAGUCCGACAAACAUUUGAUGUACCACACCGCAGAAUGGCUUCUGCAUUUUCUGCUA